AAGGAGGGAAGGAGGGGAGGGGGGGACUAGCCCUGUCUAGCAAAUGAGAAAAUGGAGAGAGGGGGAGUCCAACAGUCACUUUUACGUCAAGCAUGGUAUGUGGGCGUGAAAGAGAGAGAGAGUUCGGGAGCAGAAAAAACGAGGCAUCACCGCCCUCACUUUACGGGGUGCACCAUUUCACUCCUAUCUGCCCGGUCGUGUGCGUAAAAAGGCAACGCUGGAGCACAAAAAACACGGAACCCGGUAACGGAAUCUCUUCGGAAGUUGAUGGCUAUGUGUGACAACCAAACUCCUACAUAGUUUUUCCGUUCAAGUUUUUAAAGAUCUGCAGACGCCAAUGGUUUUACCAACCGUAGGAUGGGAUUGACCCGGUCUGGGAGGUGCAUCUCCCUGAUUAUAGCUGUCCACUUGGCCUACCUGCUGCAAGCAGUGCGAGCCACGGGGAGAUGUGAUACAGUGUUUAAGGGCUUCUCCAACUGCCUGCUUCAACUGGGCGACAACAUGGCCAGCUACCCGCAGGAGCUCGAGGAGAAGGAGAACUUACAAACGAUCUGCACAUACUGGGACGACUUCCACUCCUGCGCCACCACCGCGCUAGCGGACUGCCAUGAAGGAGCGACAGACCUCUGGGAAAAGCUGAAGAAGGAAUCCAGAAACCUCGAGUUCCGCGGGAGCUUGUUUGAACUCUGUGGAGGCGGUAAUGGAGCGCCCAAAUCCACCGCUCCCCGUGGCCUCACCCUGCUCCUAACGGCACUUUCCGCCCUAGUGACUUGGCUUGCAUUUUAAGAAAAACAUACAAAAGUAGAAGCGACAAAAUAAACAAAUAAACAAAUAAGAAGAAGAAAAAGAAAAUCAAGAAAACAAGUGUUAACUAUCAAGAAAACAAUACAACAAGACAUAAAAAAAUACGUUUGAAUUAAAAUCUACACCCGAAUGGAUUUGUAUUCUUCACCCGGGGAAGGCGAUUUGAUUUUGCCAGAGACAUUGGCCGGUCGUCUUCAGGAGUGGCGCGCGCUCCGCCAUAUUCCUCUGACCUCGGGGUCAGUUACAUUAAAUAUUUAGCAGGUGUUAAGUUGAAAUGCUGAUGACAUUUUGAUUGAUGUUCACCCGGUUACAAUAGUGGAUUUACAUAGCAACAAAUAAUUAAUAUAGACGCCAAGGCAUAGAAACAUCACAGUUAUCACAGGUGAUUGCAAGUUGCUCAUACUGUAGCCUCUAACGCGAGACUGCGUUUACCUAAACGAGAUCAGCGAGAACAUACAAGCAAUUUGCUUAUAAGCCCUGGCCAUUAACGUUCUAGACUCCACUUCUGACUUUUCUUUAUUCGUUUUUAUUUUUCCAAAAUAAUACCUUAUCGAGCCAAGUAUAAAUGUAUUGGGUGCUUGUUGAUCUGAUGCGUGUAGUUUCCUAGGAUAACUAUAGGAUAUAUAUCCUAUUAUAUAGCCUAUAGUUAUAACUUACAAUAGCCUAUACGUCACCCUAGAAUAAAGAAAGUCCACAUAUACGGGAACCCAUAAGGAACCUCAGAAGCAGUUUUAAAGAGAGGAGAUUUCAGGUGAAAACUAUGGCAAUACGACAUCUUCAACGAGGUUAAGUAAAGUUGGAAACAAUGGCUGGAAAUUGAAAUAUGACUGUUGCCAGAUAAUUAAAGCGCAUUGUAGGAUUUAGCAUCAGUGUGCGCUUCAUGAAAGAAUAACCCAAUUUAGAGAAGCACUCUGGGGCCCACAUGUCAUCAGUCCUAUUACAGUAGCACGAUAGCCUACAACAAAACGCAGAAUCUUUAUAGCUGGAUAUAUAAGUGAGUUUUUUGCUAGCUUUAUGUAAUGUUGCCAAGGCAUUGACCAUGCUCCACUGCCUUUUGAGACGUGUAUUCUGUUUUUGUCCGUUUGUUUGUUAGUUUGUUCGUUAAAGGGGAUGUUGCAUAUAAAAAAACCGGACUAUUCCAAAUCAUCUAAGAUUUUAAAAAAGAGAGACUAUUAUGUAUAUCAAAUGAUUUUAAGAAAAUGAUACUUUAUCCCAAACAGUUUUAAAAACAGAUUAUUAUACAGGUAGCUUAUAUUGAGAAUACGAAUGAUAAAGA